AAUGCUUCGAGCUGUAGCUUUCAAAAACUUUCUAUGCUUUGAGGACUAUCAAUCACUGGAAUUUCGGAAUGGUCCUAAUUUCAUUGUUGGGGCGAACGCAACGGGGAAAAGUGCCAUUUUUGAAUUGAUAAGACGAUGUUUGUCAAGAAAAGCAAGCAGUUUGGAUUCGAAGGUAACGGACAAAAGUCAAGCCGCUUUCGUUAUUUGCAAAUUCAAAGUCAGAGAGGAACUAUCGGACAAAGUGCCUGCGGAAUGUACGCUUUAUUCUCUCUAUGUAAAGUAUUCGAUAGGUGGAAACGAGAAAAAAUACAAACUUGUGUGCAUCACAGACGAAGAUGAAACAUAUGCUGAAUGCUAUCUUUCUUGGCAUGACGAUUUAAAAGUCACUUUGAAAGGAGAUAAAAAAGACGUAUUAGAAGCAAUGAAAAGUCUCUUUACCAAAGACAAUGAUCCAGAACAACUCAUUAAAACAAUCAGUAAUAAGAUUCAUGGAGUGACUGAAGGAGGUACUGAAGAGGCUCUCUCUGACUGUGAACCUGUACUCGAGAAACUAUACAACGUUGUUGUCGCCACGUUUCCAAUACGUUCUCCUGGACCGAUACAGUGGAGUCUUUCUGAACACAUUGGCGAAGGAGAAGAGCAUUACAUUACAGCUUCCAAAAAUGCUGAGAUACUUCAGCGGCUUAUAGAAUCUGAAGAUGUCCACGAAACGUCGAAAGACAUAUUCCAGACAAUCAUCAAUCCAUUGAAAUACAAAUUCAAAAAGGACCCGAAUUCAAUUAUAACUGCUGAUGAUGGCAAGAGGCGCAUACCAUUACUCAAGGUUCCGGAAGGGAUAAUCGAAGCAAAACAGUUUUCCUUGAUGUUUGCACACAAGAAAUUUCAAACAUUAAUGUUGGAGGAACCGGAUAGAGCAAUGCAUCCUCAAAUGAUUCAGAAUUUGAGGGACUUAUUGCUCAGGAGAAGACAGGACCAGGAGACAGUAAUAGACCAGAAGACACUAAUAUUAAUUUCACACCAGCCAGUGAUGGUUAACCAAUGGACCAUGUCCCGAUUGUAUGUUUGCAGGAAGAAGAGGGAUGCCAGCGGUGACUUUAAACACUGGAUUUGCAACUGGAGUGCAGACGUCAAAAAUAAGCACCAACACCAGGACCAGUUGAAACAAAUAUUGUACUCUGCAAAUGUACUGUUUGUUGAAGGUAUUACAGACAAAUCAGUCAUUGGAUGGGUAUUCGAUCGUGUUUUAGAUGUCGAUGGCCACAAAUAUCUGGAGGACUUUACCAAAACAGAGCAGACACAAUUGAAAGAGAUAAUUGCUGGAACACAAAUAAUAUCCAUGGAAGGGGGAAAAGGAUAUGAGCAUAUGAGACAAGCUGCAGAAGCUCUACGAGUACCAUUUGGUUUCCUCCUUGAUAAGGACAUAGCAUUCCAAUAUCAAAACUAUCAGCUACAACUCAAAAUCAACAAAGUUUAUAAAACAUUUACAAGUGAAUCCAUGGAGGCAAAAGAAAACAUUGCAUUGUUCAAGAAAUCUUUGGAAUUGCCGUCACCGUUUCAGUUAAACGAAAAUGAAUCAAAACAUUUUGAUUUGCCGCCACACAUUAAAGGCAACAAUGACGCAAAAGCCACAAUAGACUUUUUGAGAGAAGAGAAAAACGUUUUCCUAUGGGAUUCUAGAACACUAGAGGCUAUGAUGCUAAAUUGCUUUUUAGAUAUCAGAUAUCCAUCGACAACGUCAGAUCAAUCGACUCAAACAACGUCAGAUAAAUCGACUCAAACAAAGAAAGAUAAAUUGACUCUAACAAAGUCAGAUCGAUUGACUAAAACAACGUCAGAUCGAUUGACUAAAACAGCGUCAACUCAAUCGAAACCAACAACGUCAGAUCGAUUGACUCAAACAACGCCAACUCUAUCGACUCCGACAACGUCAGAUCAAUCAACUGAAACAACGUCAGAUCUAUCGACUCCAACAACGUCAGAUAAAUCAACUCCAACAACGUCAGAUCUCUGGACUCCAACAACGUCAGAUCUCUGGACUCCAACAACGCCAGACAAAUCCUUUGAACGCAUCAUAGAGAAAUUGAUUCCUUAUUUGAGCAACCCCAAAAAAACUGCAAUCUUAGAAAUGAAGAACGAAACAGCGAAAGAACUUGCGGAGUGUCUAUUGAAAGGAGAAGAAAUGCGAACAUUUUUAAGAUUCCUGUUAAGAAGAAGAACGAAUCCUUAAAAUUGUAGAGGAGGGAGAAUUCAAACGACAUUGACAUAUUUGUCAAUGCACGGCUGACUUGAAGAAAUAUGAGACAAAUUGAGAACAUUUUGAAAUGUGUAAAAUCGUGCAAAUUACCAUUUACAUGUAGUUAUCGACAAGAGAGUGUCCUCACAUGAGACAAUACCAUUUCCCUACAAACAAUAUGAUAUACAUAAGAUGUAUAUAAUAUUACGACAAGGAAUACUAAACUCUACUGUUCUGCGUGAUUGCGAAUUUCACAAUUUCACAUUCCCUGUCAGGGAUAGAGAUUACCCACAUGUACAAACCAGAUCAUCACUUCAUGAACGAGCAAUAAUACACAAUGUACGUAAUGUUAAACUCUUUUGAAUCUUAAGGAGGCAAUGUGAUAUUCAACGCCCUUAAUCAAAAAGAAAUACCGUUUUGCCGACUUUUCAGGCAAUCGUCAGUCGAUAAAUUAUUGGUAGAUACCGUUCGGCCUGUGUUAACAUCCACAACGACUUAACUUAAGUUCUAUAUGUUAUAUAUAAUGUUGAGGUUGACGAGAUGCAAGUUUAAUAUAUAAUAUAUAUAACCGAUAAGAUCUAAUACAGUGAAAAUGAUAGUAACUGUGAACCUGAAGAUCUAAUACAGUGAGAGUGAUAGUAACUGUGAACCUGAAGAUCUAAUACAGUGAAAGUGAUAGUACCUGUGAACCUGAAGAUCUAAUACAGUGAAAGUGAUAGUACCUGUGUAUCCGUAGAUCUAAUACAGUAAAAAUGAUAGUUACUACAGUGAAUGUAUCUGAAGAUUUAAUACAGUGAAAGUGCUAGUAACUAUGCAACUGAAGAUCUAAUACAGUGAAAGUGAUACUUACUAUGUACCCGUGGAUAUAAUACAGUGAAAAUGAUAUUAACUAUGUACCCGAAGAUCUAAUACAGUGAAAGUGAUAUUAACUAUGUACUUGAAGAUAUAAUACAGCGAAAGUGAUAGUAACUAUGAACCUGAAGAUCUAAUACAGUGAAAGUGAUAGUAACAAUGUACAUGUAGAUAUAAUACAGUGAAAGUGAUAGUACCUGUGUACCUGAAGAUCUAAUACAGUGAAAGUGAUAGUACCGGUGUACCCGUAGAUCUAAUACAGUAAAAAUGAUAGUUAUUACAGUGAAUGUACCUGAAGAUCUAAUACAGUGAAAGUGAUAGUAACAAUGCACAUGUAGAUCUAAUACAGCGAAAGUGAUAGUAACAAUGUACCUGAAGAUAUAAUACAGUGAAAGUGAUAGUAACAAUGUACCUGAAGAUAUAAUACAGUGAAAGCGAUAGGAACAAUGCACAUGUAGAUCUAAUACAGUGAAAGCGAUAGUAACAAUUCACAUGUAGAUCUAAUACAGUGAAAGCGAUAGUAACAAUGCACAUGCAGAUCGAAUACAGUGAAAGCGAUAGUAACAAUGCACAUGCAGAUCGAAUACAGUGAAAGCGAUAGUAACAAUGCACAUGCAGAUCUAAUACAGUGAAAGCGAUAGUAACUACGCACCAUUUGAUUAUUCGCUGAUAACAGAUAACCACAUUAACUAUGUGUGGUAAUCGAUGUUUAAGUAAUAUAUUUAUUUAUUUUUAUUUUAA